AUGGCGGUCGCUUUCCUUCCCUCUCCAAAUCCACUCCUUUUUCCUUCUCCUUCCCCUCCAUUUCCUUCCUGCCUUCCUCCCAAGCGCUCCCGCCAUGGACGUCCCGUCCGAGUUCACGCAUCUUCCAGUCCCGGCCAUCCAUUUGGACCCCCCCGGCAGCGUCUGUCCCGGUUGUUUCCAAGCAGCUCCGGUCGGUUAGCACUCAACUUCGCCAUUGGAGUGAAGAGGGAAACUGGUUUCAACUUUGGCAUCUCGGCAUCCAAUCCCUCGUUCAUCUCUCCGAUACACACGGGAGAAGGUGGCGAUCAAUACGACGUGUUCUUGAGCUUUAGAGGCACAGAUACUCGCAAGGAGUUCACCGAUCACCUCUACCACAGUCUGGUCAAUGCAGGGAUUAUGCCGAUUCACGUGUUCAGGGACGAGAACAGCAUCUCCAUUGGCGAGGAAUUUGGGUCACAGAUUCUUGAUGCCAUCUCGCGGUCUAAGAUUUCGAUCCCCAUCAUCUCUGAAAAUUAUGCUUCAAGCAAAUGGUGCCUCCGCGAGCUCAUUCAUAUCAUGGACCACAAGAAAAGCAAGUCACAAGUGGUUUUGCCCAUUUUUUACAAAGUUGCCCCGUCAGACGUGCGCCAUCUAAAAGGAAGUUUUGGAAAGGCAUUCUAUUCCUGUCAAGAGAGUUUUCAUAGGGAAGAUAUCGAGGAAGGGCAGCAAGCACUCGAAGAAGUCAGUUACUUGAAUGGAUGGGAAUCCGAGAAAAUUGCUAACGGGCAUGAGGGAGAACUGAUAAAGCUUGUGGUCAAAACUGUUCUAAGCGAGUUACGGAAACAUUUUCAGCUGGAUGUUCCUAAGCAACUAGUUGGACUUGAUGGUCAUCUGAUGGGAAUUAUGACUUGGAUAGACAGUCCUUCAGUCAAUGCUCGAAUGAUUGGAAUUUAUGGCAUGGGCGGGAUAGGCAAGACAACUCUUGCCAAGUGCAUCUACAAUCAACUCUCAGAUAAAUUUGAGAAGACUAGCUUCCUUCAAGAUGUUCGAGAAACUGUCAAACGCCACGGUAUUGAGUAUCUGCAGAGUAAACUAAUAUCGGAUGUACUACUGAGUGAAAGUGAAGUGUCUAGAGUUGAUGAUGGAAUUAAUAUAAUCAGAUCUGGUUUCAAAGAAAAGAAAGUUCUCAUUAUUUUGGAUGAUAUAGAUCAUAAGGAUCAACUCGAUGCUUUGACUAGAGAACAUAAUUGGUUUAUGGCAGGAAGUUUGAUAAUUGUUACAACUAGAUAUGAAGCCGUUCUUGAUCAAUCUGAAUUUGAGGUAGAAUACAAGUAUGAAUUGAGAGAAAUGGAUGAGGUGCAUUCUUUGCUUCUAUUUAAAAGACAUGCAUUCCGUAUGGACCAUUCUUCUAGUGAUUUUGAGGUUAUCUCUCGUGAUAUCAUAUCCACCAUGGGUGGGCUUCCUUUGGCUCUUCGGGUUAUGGGUUCAUACUUGUAUGGAGAAACAGAUCAAAAAGUUUGGAAUGAUGUCCUGAACCAAUUAAAAGAAAAACCACAUAAAGAUGUCCAGAAGAUAUUGAGGAUAAGCUAUGAUGCAUUAGAAGAAGGACAAAAGGAGAUUUUUCUCGACAUUGCUUGUUUUUUUAUUGGCAAGGAGAGUAAAUUCGCCAUGUACAUGUGGGACGACUGUGGGUUUUAUGCAAGUAAAGGAAUUCGAGAAUUAAAGCUGAGGUGCUUAAUAAAAAUUGGAGAUGAUGGUGAGUUUAUGAUGCAUGAUCAACUAAGAGAUCUUGGAAGAAGUAUUAUUUGCCAAGAAGGAUCAACAGAGAAACGUAGCAGACUAUGGCACAGCGAGGAAGCAUUCGAGAUACUAAUGGAAAAAAAGGGAACCGAAAGGAUCCAGGCAAUUUGUCUCGACAAGUACCCUAAUUCUCGCCGCCAAGACCCAUCAUUGGAUUACGGGCGUGCUGACCUCCAGACAUACACAAAUGAACAGUUUAAAGACUUACGGACCUUAAGGUUCCACCAACUGAGGCGGGCGGAUCUAAAUGGAGACUUUGUCGAGCUGUUUUCUGAAUUAAGAUGGCUUCAGUGGUUUGGCAUUAAAAACGAUUUGCCCUUUUCGGCAACCAAUUUGCAUCUGCCGAAGUUAGUGGUGCUGCAUUUGUUUGACGAGGCGAUCACAGAAAAUUGGGGAGGAUGGAGUUCAAUCAAGGCGGCAAAGCGGCUGAAAGUUCUCGACCUUAGAUCUUGUUGUGAUAUUAGAUGUAUUCCGGAUCUCUCGGCUUUAACAGAAUUGGAGAUUCUCAUUUUGGAAAACUGCUCCAAGUUGGAGCAAGUCGACCCUUCUAUUGGCAAAGUUAAGAGCCUCGUUUCCUUGGACUUGACUAACUGUCCCCGCCUCAAGGAGCUGCCAGACGAACUGGGCGAAUUAGAAGAACUAAAGCAACUCACUUUAGAUCGUGCCGGUAUUACUAAGAUUCCUACGUCAAUUGGUUCUCUGAGGAAGCUGGAGAUACUAAGUGCCAGCCUUUGUGAUUCAUUGAGAGAAAUCCCCAGCUCAAUUGGGGAUUUACAAAAUUUGCAACACCUGAACAUGAGUUAUUCGAAGAUUGAAAAGUUAGCCAGUGCUAUUGGAAGGCUGAAAAAACUGCGAACGCUAAAUCUGCAAUAUUGUGAACUGCAGGAAAUUCCAAGUGAAAUUGGUGACUUGUUUUCCCUUGAGAUUCUCAAAAUCGGUGGACCAAUAUCUGACCUGCCAGAAAGCUUCCGAAAUCUUUCUUCUCUCCAACAACUUAGCCUAAGGUACUGUCACGAGCUCGGAUCUUUGCCAGAGCUUCCUUCCUCCUUAAAAUCUCUGGUUCUCUCUUUUAACGGUCCUAGGUUGCCACAGCUUUCUUACCUAAUCGACCUAGAGUUACUUGUUCUUACUGGAUGCCAUCACCUUGAAUACAUCCCGGAGCUUCCCUCAAGACUAGUGAACCUUUAUGUUGACUAUUUUCCUAAGCUGUUAUCGCCAAGGCUUGAUGGAUUCAAGUACUUGGAAGUGUUGUCAAUAGAUGACUGCAAUUCCAUUCAAAGAUUGGACCUUUCAAAAUUAUAUACUCUUAAAACAUUACAUGCAAGGAAUUGCGAUAAUCUAGUUGAAAUUCAGAGCCAUGAUAAUUUAAAGUUCUUGGAGAACAUAGAUAUAGACCACUGUGGGUCCAUUGAAAGCCUGAUCCUUCCAGAAUUACAGUGUUUGAAGCGAUUCUCUGUUACCCGUUGCCACAAUCUGGUGGAAAUUCGAGGUCUUGAUAGGGCAGAGUUCUUAAAGGCGUUGGAUAUCUCUCAUUGUUGGCCAUUGAAAAGAUUACCAGACCUAUCAUGCUUUGCAACCCUCGAACAGUUGAACAUCAAUUGUUGUCACGAUCUACGUGAUGUUGAGAUUCUCGAGAGAUUCUUGUCUUGCCGAAGCAUAUACAUUACAGGGUGCAUAUCCCUAGAGAAACUACCAGACUUGUCGAACUUUGAAAGCUUAGAGAACUUCGUUCUGAGUUAUUCGCAUAGUGUUACAGAGAUUCCUGGGAUAGAGAAAUCAAGAUCUCUAACAUACAUAGAUAUUGCUGGAUGCAAAUCAAUGGAGACUUUGCCAGACUUGUCGAGAUGUGAGAAGUUACAAUCUCUAGUGGUACGAGAUUGCAAGAAACUGACUCAGCUUCAAGGACUGGAAAAGUUGGAUUUAAAUUUUUUGGAUAUCUCUGGGUGCGACUCAUUGCAAACGUUACCAAAAUUACCAGGAACAAACGUCUUCAGACAUUAUGGGGAGGGAGAUGACUCAGCAGAAACAAUAUCGGCAUCAGCCAUAUCACACGUCUCCAGACUAAAUGAAAGAGGGGGACGUGAACUUGUCUACGAAAAGAAGUAUGUCCCUCAAAUGAUUAUGUUGCGUGAGAAGAGUCAUGUUUCCAUAACAGAGGCUUCUGUACUUUCCAAAUACCUGCAAUUAGAAGGCGUUGGUCAUCUGGUAAAAUCGACACUGGCUCUUGUUGCAGGCAGAGUAGCAGCUUGUGAGGCAAUGAGGAUAUCGGCAAAGAUAUCCUGUUUAGGACAAACGCCUUUAAAUUCUUCAGUGGUGAUUGGAAACCCUGUCAACUUUCUUAUUGUUCCCUCUAGCAUGGAUUCCCAGCAACACACGAUUUAUCUGGGACUGGAUAUCUUGGCUGAGGAAGUUCAAAUUCGAUACCAGAGACCAAUCAAAAUGAAGAAGAAGGUUCGCUGGCCAACUGGAGUAUCCUGA